CAGGCUGAAGAAAACUGAGGGAGCAGGAGAAACACAGACACAGAGAGAGAGAGGAUGGUCAGUGUGGCGGCUUGCAACACUGUCUAGAGCCUAGCCUUCUUUUUAAAAAUCUUAAUUACAUUUGUGGACUCUGCAGCCAAAGGGAGGAGAGAAAGCCCUGUCCCUUCCCCCUUGCCUCAGCCACGGGAAGUACCCACACGGACUGAGCACAGGGCUAGGCCACAAGUCAUUAGUGCUCGGUGGGAAAAAACUGACAAAAGACUGGAGUGAGUGCUUAGAGUAUCUCCACUGACUUCAGAGGGGUGGAAAGGAGGCUUUUUGGAUUUCUACCUCAUCUGUGCGCUCUAUUUUUGGAGGGUCUGAAUCAGAGACUGGUCUAGCCACUACGGCCGAUGAUAUUGCUACAGCCUAGCCCUCUGCAACAACAAACAAGGAAGAGAGGGCACUUCCUUGAGCAAAAGAUCAUUUUGAAGAGAGCCAGAGAGACUGGUUGAUUUAGUUAAACAGAGGGGGUAGAUGUAACCACAGUUGAGACGUGAUAGUAGUUUUCUGUGUGCCUUGAUGAUAUUGCUACACAGUGAGCUGUGAAACUUCAAGUUGUUUUGCUAAUGGUGACCUGGAAGAGCUCUUUGUCAACCAGAAUGUUGUUGGUGCUCUGAGGAUUGCUGGUAAACCCGUCUCUUGCCUCGCUCUGUCUGUACCCUCACUCCCGCCGUGGCUGUAAGAGUGAUCUAGCAAAAACAAGACAUUGACAUUUUAUAUGAAUGUACUUCCCAAGGUUCUGUUUCUUGGCUGAAGCGUUAACAAUUCGACUUCUAUAAGACAGCCGUCGGGGGACAUGGGCCAAAGGACAAAACACACCAAAAGAGUGAAUAACUGAAAAAGGAGAAAGAAAAACAGGGGGUAUUGGAAGCCACAGGCAUGCAAAACAAAAGUUUCUAAAGUGAAAGGCUUAACUAUUUCCGGAUCAUAGUGGAAGGGGAGGAGACAAAACAGCUCUAUUGUUUUUUUUCGGAGGACAAACAUUCUACACCAUUUAUACUGUUCUAUAAAUUAAAAGAGGGUGUGGGUAUUUUUCAGACAGACUAUUUUAGUUUCUAACACACUUUAAGGAUCAAAAAGCCAAACAAAUUAUUAAAUGAGAAGACAGAGAACCUUCAAAUAUUGAACUCUGAACAGCGGAGCACAAAAGAAAGUCAGAAAGUUUAGACGGCAGCUACCGAAAGCUUUGGCCGUCUCCCAUUCCUUCUGUGGUCUGCUAAUCAAACAAUGGCCAUGGUAAGUGGGGGCUGGGGAGAUCCCAACGGGGGCACCAACGGGCUGGGGGAGAAGGGCUAUCUGAGGGGAGAGGAGGAGGACGGUUCGCCCCAGGCAGGGGGCAGUGACAUGGAGGCUGGGGACGAGGACAAGGCAUGUGUGGUGGACUGUGUGGUGUGUGGGGACAAGUCCAGUGGGAAGCACUACGGUGUGUUCACCUGUGAGGGCUGCAAGAGCUUCUUCAAGAGAAGCAUCCGUCGCAACCUCAACUAUACCUGCAGGUCGAAUCGAGAGUGCCAGAUCGACCAACAUCAUCGUAACCAGUGCCAGUACUGUCGCCUGGAGAAGUGCUUUCGUGUAGGAAUGCGCAAAGAAGCAGUUCAGCGCGGACGUAUCCCCCCCUCACACUCCAGCCUCAGCCCCACGGGCACCCCAGUAGGUGGUGGUAGUGGCGUAGGAGGGGCCGAUUUCUACAACAACAAUGGUGGGCAGCCCGUGUCAGAGCUAAUCUCCCAGCUGCUGCGUGCCGAGCCCUACCCCAGCAGCCGCUACGGCCACCAGUACAACCAACAAGGCCAGGCCACCGGCGCGGGCGGGGCUGUCAUGGGCAUCGACAACAUCUGCGAGCUGGCAGCUAGGCUGCUCUUCAGCACCAUUGAGUGGGCCAGGAACAUCCCCUACUUCCCAGAGCUGCCUGUGUCAGAGCAGGUAGCUCUCCUCAGGUUGAGCUGGAGCGAGUUGUUCAUCCUGAACGCAGCCCAGUCCGCCCUGCCCCUCCACAUGGCCCCACUGCUGGCCGCUGCGGGUUUCCACUCCUCACCCAUGUCGGCCGAGCGGGUGGUGUCCUUCAUGGACCAGGUGAGGGUGUUCCAGAACCAGGUGGAAAAGCUGAGCCGGCUCCAGGUGGACUCUGCCGAGUACAGCUGCCUUAAGGCCAUCGUCCUCUUCUCGCCAGAUGCGUGUGGCCUGACAGACCCAGCCCAUGUGGAGUCUCUGCAGGAGAAGGCCCAGGUGGCUCUGACAGAGUACGAGCGGAUGCAGUACCCAGGUCAGCCCCAGCGCUUCGGCCGCCUGCUCCUCCGCCUGCCUGCCCUCCGCGCGGUGCCCGCCAACCUCAUCUCCCAGCUCUUCUUCAUGCGUCUGGUGGGCAAGACGCCCAUCGAGACUCUCAUCCGCGACAUGCAGCUCUCCGGAAGCUCCAUCAGCUGGCCCUACGUCCCUGGACAGUAACCCCGAAAGGAAGUCUCCGUCUGGGCAGUGACGACAAGGACCACAGGUUCCUCUGACUCAUCCAUCUGUGUGAUCCUAUGCUAGCACCAGCUGGACAUCAUACAUGUUGUACUGCCUCCAUGAACUGAGCUCUCCAUACCAGCCUAGUGCCAGCUGGGUCUAUUGCCAGCACACUGGUGCCAACACACCUACUGUGCGCCAUUAUGGCAACCCGAGUCAGCUAUGCCAUCCGCAUGCCAUAGUGACUUACAUACACACAUUAAUGUCCUGCCAAUAGAGGUCACUGGAACCAUGCCUCAUUUUCCACAUCUCAUUGCGUUUGGUGCAAAGACUUUCGACAUCAACAUCAGACCUUUGGUGGAGUUUCAAACCAAGACAGAGAUCACACUUGGUGAAAUUCUGGAGAAUUCUGGUAGAAAAGCUUUAUAUAUGCAAACACAGAAGUGGUAGAGGAGGAAAUGGAACUGGGACAAGACAUUUCACCCAAAUCUUCAUCGUCCACAGAAAUUUCACUCAAAACGUAAUUGUUCUUAAAGCUAGAAUCCUUACUUGCUACAUCCAUUUUUGGACUUAUAAAUGAAUUAUAUAUACCCAUUUAUUCUUGAAGAAUAUAACUUAUAAAUAACUUUUAGUCUCAAAACAUCGUUUAAACUACAUUGUUAAAUGUACAUACAGUAUCUCCAGGCCCAUUCCUCAGCUUUUUACCAAAACAGAGGCGGUUUGCCCGCUUUGUUAUUGUUUCAAUUAAGGAUUAUAGCUUUAAAGGAUUAUAGCUUUUUUAUAAUCUCAGACAUUUGAACUACUAAAUCAGCCAGACAGAUAAAAUGGAGAGACUUACUGAGGGACUCAACGACUGUUUCCAUGUAUCACUCAUAGGGCUCUUACUUGUUGUACUGGGCAACUUUUCAAAUGCCACAGUCACACAAAUAUGGAUCGAUACCUCACAAGACAGCAGAAUGCUAUAGACGGAUUUCUUCUAAAGGCAACCUCUCUGUCAUUGUACAGUUGUUCACCACAUACUGCCUUCUUUUCAACGACUGCCUUUUCAAUAUGAAUUCGGACAUUGCAGUAUGAGUAGAUCGUUCAUCUGGACAUAUUCUUUAAGAUUAACACUGUUUUUUUUUAUACGGACUGAUAUUUAAACUACACCUGAAGAUGAUGAAUGCAGCUGAUGUGAGUUACAGGCUGAUUGUUGAAACAAGACUGUUCUCAAGUGACAAAAAAAGUAUUUAAUCAAAAAGGUUGUGGCCAAAUGGUUCCCCUAUGACAUAUCACCAUGCUGAAAGGUUUUGGCCAAACGGUUCACCUAUGACCUGCGGCCGUGCUGAAAACAAUUAGCAUAUACAGUUGGUACUUUCAAAAUGCAGAGAAAUCGCAUCAAAACAAAUUUUAAGUGUUAAGAGGUGUAUAUACUGUAGAUUUAGGGAACCAAAGGUUGUCCUGCGGCAUGUCACAAUUUAGUUAUUGAUCUGUGUUUCAUCUCUACAAAAUGGGAUUAGAAGGUAAAGUUCUUUUUUUUAUGUUGAGUUCACAGUUCAUUUUUUUAAACAUGAACAUUUUCAUGUGAAAAUACCUCUACCCUUCCUCGAGAGGUGUCAAAAAGAUAUGAUUCUCCAUAGCGGUGAAAGUGACACUACACUGGUGCAGAACAAGAGGCUACUCCUGAGCCAAUUGUGUUGCCACCACAAAGCAAUGCAUUCCACUAGCUCAAUGCAGAACACUUAGGCAAUAUGGGAGUUUGUUGUCAUGGCUGUUUGGCGAUGUGACUGCUGCAGCCAAAAUGACAAGGUGAGUGUGUGGAUCGUUUCUUUCCUUAGUUGUGUCAGUUAACGCCAUAAGAAUGUCAGUUAGAUGUGGGCAAUAUGUUUUGUACUCACAAGCUAAUAAGAGAUGAAAUUAAUGAUUUGUAUAUACACUAGAUGAGUUUUGGGGUGAUGUGUUGAAGCCAUCGUGCCUCCAUCUUGGCACUCCCCCACCUUGUAAAAAAUAUUUUGGAAGCUACAGAAAUGCAUUUAUUAAUGUCUACGUUCGUUUUUGCCACAUUGAUUCCAUUACAGACACCUUAAUUCAUGCUUUUAAAUUAUAUUAUGUGAGGUAAGCAAAAAUAAAAAACGAAAAAAAUAUA